AGGGGCCGCAGUAUGGGAGACACGCUGGACGAACCGUGGUGGGAUUCCCCGGCAGUGGCAAGUGAUAGUCCAGUUCUUUUCGUGACAUUUACUUGCUAAAAUUUGGAGCUUAGAGGAACAGCUUGCCUCUGAGAGGCAUAACAGUUUCUCCAUCACUUUGUCUUGUCAUUAAGGUAGGAUGUUCACCCACAAGCUGUCUCACAUCUCUGACGUUAUAGAUCCUUCAGAAGAUGAAGCUGUUGAGAAAGCAAGUGACAACAGGACAGCAACUCAUAAAGAUUCAGAUUUCAAACCUGCUGUGACAAAGAAAAGAAAGCAGCCUACAGAGUGUUUUCUAGGUCAGCCAGAAGAAAAACAAGAGACUCCUGUAAAGGCAAAGAAGGGAAAGAAGAAGAAAAUUUCUGAUAUUUUGGAAAAAUCCGCUCCAAAACCUGGUGUUCCUGCAGAUCUACAAAAUCUGCUCAGCCAGCAUUUUGGUGAAAACCGUUCAGUGAUUGAAAUAGAGGAAUUAAAACUGUCAGAUUCCUGCUUUUUGCCAGCCAAUGAUCUCACCCACAGUUUUUCUUCAUACCUGAAGGAAAUCUGUCCUAAGUGGGCAAAACUCCGUAAAAACCACAAGGAGAAGAAGUCGGUGGUGAUGUUGGUUAUCUGCAGUUCUGCCCUUCGUUCCUUGGAACUCAUCAAGUCAAUGACAGCAUUUAAAGGAGACUGUAGAGUUCUCAAGUUGUUUGCAAAGCACAUAAAGAUUAAAGAACAGUUGAAUAUGUUGGAGAAAGCUGUGUUCCACAUUGGGGUUGGAACUCCUGGGAGAGUAAAAGCGCUAGUGGAGCAAGAUGGCCUGUGCUUGGACUCCACAAAAUACAUGAUUCUGGAUUGGAACUGGAGAGAUCAGAAACUAAGGAGAAUGAUGGAUAUACCUGAGAUAAAGAAAGAAACAAUUGACCUACUGGAGAUGAGUAUUAUAAAGCUGUGCAGAGAGGGGUCUGUGAAGCUGGGACUCUUUUAAUGAUUUUACCAACAAGGAAAUAAUUUGCAGCUGCAUUUUACUAUUAUCUUGCCUGCAGUUGGAAAGUGAUUAGCAGGUGGUGGAAUCAAGAAUUUUGACUUUUCAGAGGUCUAUCAAUACAGAAAGAAUGCCCAUUGCAACUUUUUCUGAAUUUUCUUUUAAUAAUAAAACAGAAGUUUUAUUUGUAGUUUUAGUACUGUUUUUAUUGUAGAAACAAUGCGAUACUGAAAUCAGAGUUAAAUCACAUUCACCUGCUAGAUUUACUACUACUAAAUGUCACUUCUAAGACUUCGAAGAUAAGCAUGCUUGGGUCUGAAAACCUUUAUGCAGUUCAAUUUUCUGUUAUCUCCCCUUGCUGUCCUAAAGGAGACAUUUACAUUUCUCGUGAGAAUGGUGAUCUCAUUCUUGCGUUCAAGGGUCUUUGAAAAGGUUGUAUGAAUUUCAGUAAUUUGGCAAAAAGAUAGGUGAAAAAUAUCUGUUCUAGAGCUGGCCAAAUGCUCUGUUUUUCUAUUACAUGAUAAAUUAUCUGUAUAUUGUAUUGAGAUUUUAUUUUUGUUAAACUGUUGAAGUGUGCACAAAAUAUUCUCCUGUUUGGCCAUUUAAAUUAAAAGGAGAUGAUCCCUG